AUGCGCCGCCUUGGGGCGUUUCUGUGGCUCCUGCCGGGGUCAACUGCCCUCGGGGCUGGCCCGCGGCCGUCCUUGAUUCGCCAUGAGGUGCUAGCCGAAGGAGCAGCAGCAGCCCAUGAGAAGUGGGCCGAGCAGGAGCUGGUUGAAUCGCCAAGCGCUUGCAGGGACUGCUGCAAUGACGGCAAGGCUUACGUGCCAUGCCUGAACGUAGAGGCCUGUGCUGCAACAGCGCCGCCCACCGGGAGGUAUGCCCUGAUCUUCUCGUACGUGGGGAAGUUCGUACCGAAAGUGCUGCAGUAUUUGGACUCUGCAAAAGCAGCUGCGCUGUCUGCAAACAAGGCCGACCUUCUGCUCCUUAUGACAGAGACGGAUGCGGCCUCCAUGACUGCGGCGUUGAGGGCCAACUUGGAGAAAGAAGGUAUUCAGGUACGCACCGUGGACUGGUCCCUGCCCCCUGGGAUGCGCUUCACGAAGGAGGAGAACUGGUGUGGCCAGAAGGACUUCAUCCGGCUCCAUGCCCUAGGACUCGACGAGUAUGAUGCCGUUGCGUACUUCGACAAUGACAUUGAGUUCCAAGGCGACAUCACGCCGCUGUUGAGAUGUGCAUCGACAGGUCACUUCUUGUCCACCAACGGUGGCAUUGGGGAAGCACUGAAUGUUGGGUUCUUCGCGCUGCAGCCCCACAAAGCCUUGUUGCAAGCGGCAGUGGAUUUUGCGAAGGAAGCGGACUUCUCCCAGCUAACUGGUUGGGCCAACGAGGGCUGGCGGCCAAGUGGCGGCUACUACGUUGGCGGCGAGUGCGGCCAGGGUUUUUUCCACACUCUCUUCUACAAGCGGAGCUCGUCCUUGAGGGCGAUGAUGGCACGGUUGGGCAGGAAGUGGACCUCCGCGCAGGUGGACAAGUGCGUGUGGAACUACCAGACGAGCUUUCAGUGCCGGCGAGGCUUCAACUGUGGACGCGUGAGGGUGCACCACAAGCCGACAAGGCCGGGCACGGACCCUGAGGAGUGCCUCAAAAGCCAAUUGAUGCAGCAGAGGAGCUUGACCUCGGCUCGAUCCAUCUCCGUGGAUUCUGGGGGCUCUCUUCAAGCUCGGGAUGUGGAGGUCGGCUUCUACUUCCCCGUCCACGACCAAGUGGAAGGUGUCGUGGAGGUGAUCCGCUCUGCGAGGCAGUUCUAUCCGGAGUCGCCGAUCUUCGUUCUGCAAGAUGGCGGCUCCGUGGACUUCGGCAACCUCUGCAAGCAAGAGAGGUUCCGGUGCACCUUCGAGCGGAUGCCGGGCGAGAACAGCCGCUGGAACCCCCACUCCUGGUUCGCACGCAUGCGUCGUGCCGCCGAGCUCGUGAACACCAGGUACAUCAUCUACCUGGAGCCAGACGUGAAAAUCCUUCGGCGCCACAAAGGUGACUUCCCGCACGAUGCCGGGGGCGUCUACGACAACUUCAACCCGACUAUGAGCAAGGAGACCAAGGCCUACUUGGAACGCCUCGGUCGCACGAGGAACCCGCACUUCAACGUGACCUGGGAACACUUUGGUCUCUGCGGAGGCUCUUAUUAUCGCACGGAGGCAGUGUUGGAUGCAUUCCGGCCGGAGCACGUCCUGGGCAUCGACUGGCGCCGCCUGCGGGAACACGAGGGCAUGGACAAGACCAUGAGCAGCGACUUUGCCAUGGCUGUCGCCCUGGCAGCCCGAGGUUGGACCGUGUACCCAUGGCAGGAGAGCGCACAGAAGUUCUCCGACGUUCCCAGCGCGCCGGCGGCGCUGGCCAAGUUCAAAGCCCAGUGGCCUGCGCUGAAUCCCCGGGCGGCCUUCCAGCACAACCACAAGGAGCUGUACCACGCACAGAUCUCUGCUGCAGAUCGUGCACUGUGCGCGACGUUCGCAGACCGUCCGCCGGAUACAACCUGCCACGGCUGCGUUUGGUAUCAGGAUGGGCUGCCGGAGUCGAGGCUGCCCAUUCCCAGUGAGCCACCCGAGCUCCAAGGCGCCCUGAGCUUCGACUUUGCGGGAGCUCCUGUAGAGCGGCCUGUGCAGCGCGCGGAGCCUGCGUCUCUGCUGCUCCACCCGGACUACCUCCUCAACGCCGGCAGCGAAGGUUUGCCCAAGGCCGAGGGUCCCAGGCCUUCCUGGCUCCUCAGGGAGGACCUCCUGGUGGUCGAUGCGCGGCGGGAGGCACAUGGAGGCAUGUUGAUUGUGCAGCCGGUCUUUAUGGAAGCAGGGCCCCUCUGGGGCGCUUCCUCGGCCCCUGCGCGGCCCCGGUGGUUGCGUGCUAUCCUCGCCACAAACCGGCACCACGCCCGGAAGCACGGCCUGUGCCUCGUGAUCAGGUGGCUGCCGAGCAAGCCGCAGCUGCAGGCAUGGCAGCGGCAGCAGUGCGGAGAGCUUACCGAGAAGGAAUGCACGAAGCGGAACGAGCGUGAGAAUUUCAAUUGGGAGAAGCACCGCAUGCUGCAGGAGUACCUCCUGAGCCCGCAGAACUUCAGCCAUGUCCUGCUCCUGGAUGCAGAUGCUGCCAUCACCCGUCACGAGCGCAAUGUCUUGGGGGACAUGGCCGCGAUGCUCGACAAGGAGGGCCGAGAUGUGCUCUUCACGGAUGAAGACUGGCUUCUCCAUGGGGCAGGGAG